AUGAGUCAACUACUAGAUUUUGCUCUGCAAGCUAAUAUUUACCUUCAGCCAGUUCAGUUCACACUAAUAACGAUCACAAAUAUAAUUAAUAUAUGUAUUUUACGAUCUCGUAUUCUUCGCAGUCCGCCAUGUACAUAUUAUUUUCUCGGUUACGCUAUUUCCAGUAUUGCGUAUACUCUAUUAGUCUGUCCAACGCAGUUCUUACGUGGUUAUCACAUCGAUUGGGCAAAUACUCGGAUAGGUUGCAAACUUCAUUACUAUAUUGUAUUCCUGCCACCAUUCAUUGCGCGGAUGAUGCUGGUAUUAGCUGCACUUGAUCGUUAUUAUUCGAGUUCGUAUACACGGCAAUUCUAUGCAGCAAACACGAAACGAAUGACAAGAUCGAUUAUUCUUGUUUGCGUAAUUGCAUCCACUAUCUACAUGUCACCAAUGUCUGUGAUCUACUAUUUUAAUGAAUCAAACGGUAUUUGUUUGCAAUACACUAAUACUCUGAUCACUAUUUAUAUCUUCAGUCAAAUGACUAUUUUUUAUAUGGCAGCACCGGUAUUAAUGUUUGCUUGUGGCCUAUUAACGAUUAUCAACAUUCGCCAACACGUAGCUCGUACAAAUCUCCGGUCAAUAUUGAGUCAACGUCGUCGAACUGAAGGACAAUUAGCCCGAAUGUUAGUUCUUCAAGUAACCGUUCACCUGAUUAUAACUUUACCGUUUGGUAUUGUCUAUCUAAUCAAUGCAUUUGAUCCAUCUACACGAACGCCGAAUGUAUUAGGUAUUCGUUAUAUAUUAGUAAUAUGGCAACAGUGUGAUUAUUUCAUGUCAUUUUUUCUCUAUGUUUUCUCGGGAAGUGUUUAUCGUCGAGAAUUUUUUCGUUUAAUCAGAUGUUAUUCGCGUUCAAAUCGACUCGAGCAACAACAAUUUGCUCUGCGACUCAUACGUAAGAACAUCAAUGGAUAA